CGUCUCGAGUGGACGUGCAACGAAUGUCCGUCGUGGGACGAUUUGAUGUUAUUGUUACGCGCGUUGCAUGGCCUUUGCAGUCUCACCCUUGCAACCAUUUAUGGCUCAUACCCCGAAAGAAUCAAGAGGGAGUAUCUCAUACUACCUAACCUUCGGACCCUUAUCCUAGGAGAUAGUCCCUCAUUUUCACAUGCAUCACUUGGAAACGUGCCUCUCAAUACGCUCCUGACGAUGCUUUCCGACUCUUCGGACCAACUCCCCUGUCUACAAAGAUUGGAGGGUUUUUCACCCUUCAGUCCCACCUUCUUGAGCACUCAUGGUUACAAAAUUCGCAUCAUCCGUACCGUCGCGUACACUCCUCUAUUACCAGAUAUCAUCGCCAAGUGCACCAACCUCGAGACAUUCAUCACCAUAUUCCCCCACCAAUUCUUAGAUCAGCUGACACAUUCGUCGCUGAGACGCAUUGGAAUAUUUCCAAUCAGUGAAGACGUGGUUGGAGUCCCCGCGCAGAUAUUCAACGCGUACAUCAUGAAGCCGUUAGAAGAUCUUAUGUGUCAGAUCGAACAGUCCGAUCUGCCUAGCUUGGCUCACGUCCGUCUGAGGAACGUGGGCACGCUCGCUGGUGUCGUCAACUACCCUGUAUUUAUCCGGAAAUGGCAGGACCGUUGGAGAUCCAGGGACGUCCGGUUCGAUGACAAAGGUGGACAAUCGUUCGAUGCUGAUGCUCUAGGUAAGUUACAACUUUAUAACAUGAUAAACGCUAAUCGGAGUCAACCUGUAGACGCGGACGAGAGAUCGGCAAUUGAUUCAUAA